CUUUUGAGCAAGCAGCAUGAUCAUCUUGGUCAAAAUAUCACUGCAGACACCACUUUGCCCUAUUCUUUUGAUAUAGUAUCAUGUCAUCUCGCCGUACGCAGUUUUCAAGCUGUGAUGAGUGCCGCCGUCUACGCGUCCGCUGCGACGCUAUGCGCCUAAAUCGAACAGCCGGCCUAAGGCAUGUCGACGGAGAAAUUGGUGGACAGGCGGCUGCACAAAAAGCGUGCACUCGAUGCGCUAAGCGCAAGCAUGAGUGCUCAUUCAAUUGGAUGAGAGACGUUACAAGACCCGGAGCACAGAAACAACGACAACGACAGGUAAACCCCAAUGCUUCUACAGGUGUAGCAGCAACAUGGACACAGCCUGUUCUACCAGUAAGCCCGCUUUCCAGCGUGCCAAUCGCCUUGAGACACUAUCCAACCGAGACUGUCGUUGUUGAAACCGUUGAUGACAACACCUAUGGCGAUAGCCAACCAGGAUCUGCCGAGUCAUCAGCCCUCUCUAGUCGCUACCCUCCGCACACGCUAUUCGAUAGUAUCAACUCAGAUGUUGUCUCCUGGAUCGACGCUCUAUUUGCAAACUGUUUUAAUAGCCUUUUUGGGUUUUGGAUGAGCGUCGAUGCUUGCCCUCUUCUAUGGAACAGCGAUCCAAAAAGCAAUGCCAAGAACCAUGCUUUGGAACAAACGCAGCUCGAUAGGGAUAUUGACAUUGUUCUCAUGUUCAGUACGCUGGAUCGCUGCGUCGCGCUCGUCACAAAUGAAGAACAGAGUGUGUGCUCUUCUCCAUACACUUAUACAUCCCCGGAAUCCAAUCAGAUCAUUGAUCAGUCCCUCCAUGCUGCUAUCGCGGCAUUCACAGCAAGCUGGUUUCCCGUCAUUCUUGACCACGGCCUCGACGUGGACAAUACCAUCCGCGAGCUAUGGCGAUUUACUCGUCGUGAUACACUGCGCAUCAUAAAUCGCCCAUGCUAUCGAUCCGUGCUCUCCCUCUUUCUCUUUUAUCUAACACCAAUUCCAGCGAAUGUUGGGGAAGAUGAGGAAAGGGACGGUAUGAGCGGCUCCUGCUGCGCGCUUGCCGCCAUCCGCCAUCUUGAAAGCCUGCGCUCACUCUGUGGUGGCUUGCAGUUUAGCGGCUCCAAGGUGUUGCAUAUGCGGCGCUCGAUAAGGCAGAUUGCUUCCGAACUUGGAAUCAGCGACCUUGGUUUUGACUUCAUUGGAGCCGAGAGCUCUGCUUACUGGCUUGGCCUUACCAUCGACGUGUCCAUGUCUCUCACACUGAACUGCCGCUCUGUGCUAACAGACGGCCCUUCUGGGUAUAAUUCUGAGAUGAUGUGGCUGCUGAUUCAGGGACGUGCCACGGUCUUCCGGCAGACGACCAAAUCAUGGCUCUCGGACGGGCUCGAACUUUUCGAUUUUGAUCGAGCUAGGUUUACUCUCUCGACAGCGGUCGCCUGGAAGGGUUUGCUGUGGAAGCUAGUCGCUAACGUGUUAGAAGCCCUACGAACUGCACUUAAAGAGGAAGAUAUUCUCCAGGUCUUAGAGAGCGCGUUGGACGCCAUUCAGCAAUACUAUGUCACAUUCGGCCCUUUGCUAAAGAUGUGUCAGGAUCGACUACUCUUCCUCCACCAGGAAGUCAAGUUGCAAUGGUGUACGUAAUGACAAACACGACUAUGUCUGGCAUUUUAAUCGUUAUUUAGUUCUGCACUAACUCAGUCUCCGAUUAGUCUCCCUGACACUUCACUGCGGUCUUAUUGUGCUCAAACUUGCAGAUGCCCUGGAAUCCAAUUCUCGCAUCCACAUGCUUGAUCAUUGUAAGUCUAUACUCGUCGAUGCUGAAAGCUCAACCAUGAAUGCGCUUGAAUUUGGAUGCCACACGCACUAUACAAUUGUUCAAGCUGCACAGCCCGAUGCCAGUGACAAGGACGGCGACUCUUCCGAGACAUGCCCCAGUAUCAACCCUUUUUUAAUGAAUGUGUACCCGCUCCCACACCAUGUUCUUGCUAGCAUAGGGCUCAUGAAGCGAGCCAUCGAAAGAGACAUAUCGCAUGGCACCUUGACGCCAGUAGCUGGCGCCAACUUAAAGUCUGUGCUAUGGCAGGCAUUGGAUCUACUACCUCAGUGCUCAAAGCCAGUAACAGCAAAGCGCAAAGGAUGACUUGUGCAGAGAAAAUUAGAGCCAUAAAGAAAAGCAAAAUUCUAUCAAUACAUUAUUAUGCUACAUUUCUAUGACGCAGUUCACGGGCUGGCGGCGCAGAUAUGGAUUUCUGACAAGUUGAAAAUCAAUGUGACUUGCACUAGUGUAAAACAAGCUCUCUCCCAUUUAGAUAGUCCAUCAACCAAGCAAAGCACAGAAAGAAUUUGCGCCUCCAAGAUCUGACCCAGAUGAAGUUACCAGCUCUCCAUCCGAGCCACGCUGUGUAGCCUGUAUAAUUGCGUUCCCCCUGCACGAUGCCGUCCUUGCUGCCAGUAUAUGUCACCAUUACACGCCGCUUAUAAGAAAAAGAUGAGCAGAGAUCAGGGUCGGAUUUUGCGUCAUUGAACAUUUGUAUAAGAUAAUCCGCUUUCUGCACAGCUACUUGCGCCGUGGUCGGGAGCGUUCCUCCUUCAAUAUCAGCGGCAUCGCCAAGAGCAAAAGCGUUGGGAAUAACGCUGCCUUGUUCGUCGAGCACGCCGAGAUGAUUGCUUGUUAGUAUUCGAACCAUGCCCUGCGCCGUCUUUUUGACUCGGAGAGUAUCCACAAGCGGCACGGACGUAUUUCCCGUUGCCCAGAUAAGCAUACCGUAUCGGAUACUUCCAUGCUCGCGCGUCUCGAUGGCAUCUUGGCUCACAGAAGUGAUGUGCGAGUUGACCUUGACAUCCACCUUGCCCUUGGCGAGAGCCUCGGUGGCAUAUUUGGCCAGCUGCUUGUCGAAAGGGGCCAGAAUUUGCGGCGCGACAUCGUGCACGGAUAUGGACGCUUUACCCGCAAGCUGAGGGUACAAGUUAAGCAUUUCACCUGCAAAGAUAUCGGUGAGUUCAGCAGCCACCUCGAUGCCGGUGGGACCGCCGCCCACCACAACAACAUGUAGCAGCUGUUGCUGACGAGCGGCAGAUGUGCCGGGGAGAGAUGCCAUCUCAAGCACAGCAUUGAGCCUGGAGCGCACAGCAUUGGCCCCAGCGACAUUCUUGACGAAAAGCGCAUAUUUAGAAACGCCAGGAAUACCAAAGGUAUUGAUGCGACAUCCAGGAGCCAAAACCACGCGAUCAUAUGACACUUCCAACCUUGUUUGCUUGAGCUCCUCAAAGUUUGGCCGACAGAUGAUCUGGUUUUUCACAAAGUCCACAUCUAGCACCUCCGCUUGAAUGUAUUCUCCGUGAAAGCCUCUGCUUCUGAUGGGCUCAUGUGCCAGCCGGGGAUCAAAGAGGCCACAGGCAGCGCUGGCUAGGAGAGGUGUCAGCGCCAAUGUGCUUUCGGGGGAGAUGACUAUGACUUGAAACUUGGACGUGUCUAGGCCGUAUGCCAAACGGUAUCCUGCCCAGCCGCUGCCUAUAAUGACAACUCUCUCUUUGGCAACCAUAAUGGGGGUUCAAGGUGUCCAAGUACUUGAUUUUAUUUUUUUCGUUUUUGGACAAGUGGGAAGGAAUCA